UAUAAUUUAGUCUAAGAAUCAUGGAUUCAACGCAAACAUCUAACGAUACAAGUGAACAAAACGAUGCUAAAAUCGAAAAUGGUGAUGUUGACAUGGCCCGAAUAGAAGCCUUGCUAACUCCGGAACAAGUGUUCAGUGAUGUAGUGGCGAGAAAGCGAAGAAAAUUCACCAAGAAACACAAUCCGAGUUUCUCCAAGCGGGAGUCCACUCCAGUGAGAAAUUUAGACGAUAAAACGACAACCUCCGAUGAGGAAGUUCCCGAGCAGAAGCCGAAGACACCCGAAAGGAGGCGUAUCAGGAGAAGCAGGUCUUCCACCAAGCAGCACUACAGCGGAGCGGAAUCAGAACCAGGACAGAUCAUUCCAGACGAUGGCAGCAGAGAAGUCAGCAGAAGCAACAGCUUCAGGAGCGAGAGAAAAAAGAGCUUGUCUGAUAUGGCCCAGGAAGAAGUCAAGCAGUUCCUCAACAAAACAAAAAAGUCCCUUACAGCAGCUGCCAUAAGGGGUAGGGAGAGGUUCAAGAAAUACGAGAAGCAGCAAGUGAAGCGCAGCCAAUCUGCUCCACAUGAAUUCACCGAAGCAGAGCUUAUAGAGAGUUUCAAAAAAGCUCAACUCCUGAGCGCUGAAAAUCAGAAAGCCAGGAAAUUCUCAGACUCCAGUUUGCAGUCUCUUGUCACAACAGAAUCCUUCCAACCCAAACCGUUGAGGCCCGAAGCUCAAUUGGUAAUAAGACAAAGGAAAAAACAGCGGCAAUACUCUGAGAAGGUUGUAGAAAUAUUGGAUCCCAAAGCUUCGAUCAUGCUUCUGAACAAACCUGUGGUCAAACCGCAAGAUACUCGUAUAUCUGCACUAGAUAUGAUGAGAGUCCUGAGAUUUUUGUCCCUCUUUGAAGUCUACAGGAUCUACAAGCUAUACAUCAUCGAAAAAAAAGAUGAAUACCAAAAAAUCAAAGCACUUUGGAAUAAAUGCAUGUUUGAGUUGUUUCUCAUCAUGAUGUUCUGUGGCAUAGGCGGUAUAGUCUUCAAGUUCACGGAGGGCAGCUUCGAAAACUUUUAUAAAUGCGGAGUCAAGCGGGUCAAGAGGGAUUUCAUAGACUUGUUGUGGAUGAAGAGUCAUAAUUUGAGGGAGGAUGACUGGAAGUUAUUGGCGAGAAGUAAACUGAGGACCUUUGAGGAGGAGCUUCAUGCUGCUCAUGAGGCAGGGAUGACAAGCUACAGCGGGCAGAGGUCAUGGAGUUUUUUGAAUGGGGUGGUUUAUGCUUUAACCAUAGUCACUACCAUUGGUUAUGGUCAUAUAUACCCAACAACCACCACAGGAAGAGCCUUGACGAUAGUUUAUUCGAUCAUAGGAAUCCCUCUUUUCCUGAUAGCUCUCACAGAUUUUGGUAAAUUGUUCACCAGAGGGAUAAAAUUCUUGUGGUCUUUCGUCAGAAGAGUUUAUUACACCGGUAGCUGUAGAAGAGUUAGAAAAAGUGGACAUGUGCAGGAAAUUUUCAAAGGAGCCCAGUUGAUGUACGACAUAGCCACCUUCCGGAGAGCUUCCAACCAAGAACCCGCAACAGACCCAGAGAACCCUGAAGCCGCCAAAUCCCAAAACUCCGUCCCCACCACAGCUAUAUCUGAAGACGCAACUCCCACAACCCCAGCCAUAUCAAACUACGAAAUCGACGACGAGUUCAACCUACCAAUCUCCGUAGCUCUCUUCAUCCUCAUUACUUACAUCUUCUGCGGAGCCCUGAUCUACUCAGUGUGGGAACAGUGGGACUUUUUCGCGUCCUUCUACUUCGUUUUCAUCUCCAUGUCCACCAUAGGCUUUGGAGACUUUGUUCCCAAGCAUCCCAUCUGCAUGAUAGUAUCCAUAGUGUAUCUGGUCUUUGGACUGGCGUUGAUGUCCAUGUGCAUCAACGUAGUGCAGCUGAAGCUCAGCGACACUUUCCAGCAGGCUUCGGCCAAGUUGGGGGCUUCUAUAGGAUUCGAAGUGGAUGAUUCUGGAAGUAUAAUCACCGUAGACAAUGUGACAGGAGCUGCAAAGGCCGAACUGCUCGUUCCAGAUUCGAAUAUUAUUUCUCCUCCCACUCCGGUCCAUAAACCUUCUAGGAAUGUUCCAAAUAGCACUGCUUUUCCUAGUACCGCUGCUACGCCUAGUAACUUCAACACACCUGAUAGCGAUUUCGCUGCAUCUACACCGGGGAAUCCCGCUACAGAAGACAAUAGCAGUAAAAAUAGUGAUUGAAGAAGCCAUAGAAAACAAGCGAAUAAUUGUGAUAUUGUUUUGGAGAUUGGACUCCCUUUACCAAACGUUCAGUGCAAUAGUUUUUGACAGCUAUACCUUUUGAAUGUAAUGAUUUUUUUCAAAUGAUCCAUCUGCAUAUAUGAACUUCCUGAGAAACUUGUUCAGAAAUAUAGGAUCUUCGAAAAAACGGAUUGAAAUCCCCAAGUUCAGUAUUUGUUUGAUUUGAUUGCAUUUUCUAGUCAUACUUCAUGAUUUUUUAAUUAUUCAUUAUCGAAAUGAAUGUCUUACAUUUUAUUUACUCUGGACAUAUUUGGGUGUGAUAUAUGUGCCUUUUAGUUAGUCUUUAGAUGACAUAAAUGUUAAGUUUUAUUCACAUAUUGGCAUUGAAUUGUUCAAUAAACUAUUUUAUUCAUA